AUAUGUUCCUAAUGCCUUCGUAUAUUUAAAUAAAGAAACCAAGUUAAAUAAUGUUUGUAUUCUGAAAAAAUUUAGAAGUUGCUAUGGACUUGUUUAUAGCACACUUAGUGCAAGGGUUAGCCCUCACAUUUCUUGGCCUAUGGCACAUAAUCAACACCAUCAAAUCUUACCUUGUGAAAGGUCCUUCCAAUUUCACUAUAAGAUUUUGGUACCACUUUAAUACACCUCAUUUCAAAUUCAAACACUUGGAACUUGUUUCAAUUUUAUCCUUUUCAAUCCUAGCAAUUCUCAUGCAAAUUCUAGAUUUUCCUCAUUUUCACUAUGCUUUUAAGCUUGAUAACUUUGAACAUGCAACUAUGUUCAUACACCUUGCUUUAUUUGCCGGUUUUUCACUCUUAACCGAAUUAACCGAUUCGCUUGAACUCUUCUCUGGAUUUGUUGCCAUACUUGUAUCCUCAGUUUUCAGUCAAGAGCUUUUCUUACUUCAUUUUCAUUCCACUGAUCAUGUUGGACCUGAAGGUCAUUACCACUGGCUGCUACAGCUCAUAGUUUUUGUCUCUCUUAUUGCAUCUCUAGCUGCAGCUGUUUUUCCCAACAGUUUUAACGCGGCGAUUGUGCUUUCAAUUUCGCUUAUUUUUCAAGGAUGUUGGUUUAUAAACAUGGGAUUUAUGCUUUAUAUUCCUACAUUUGUUCCUGAAGGAUGUGUGAUGAAUUUGGCUAGGGAGAGUGCUAGUGAAAUUCAUGGAGCAGUUACUUGUGGAUCGAAAGAAGCGGAUUUUCGGGCUAAAGGAUUAGCCAAUUUACAAUUCAGUUGGAUCCUUUCUGCAAUUAUGAUAUUUGCAGGAAUUGUUUGCUUGAAACUUGCUAAAAAAUUUACUAUUGUAGACAGAUUGGAAUAUGAGAGAAUUCAAAGUAAAGUUGCAGAUUCUACUGUGGUUAAUGAAGGUUUCAAGCCGGCCAAGUAAACCCUGCGUAAGUGUAUGCGAGUGUUGUAAACUCUGGAGUACCAAGUUCGAUUUCUACUCAUUAAAAAAAACUGGCCAGGUGCUUGCACUUUUUAUGCAACUCAAUAAUGUGUACUGUAGUGUAUUUUAUGCUAGGCCAUGUUUAUAUAGAUUUGGUGUUCAAUUAUCUUUUGAAUUUUAUAACCUGUAAUGAAAUCUUCAACUAAAUUAGUAGCUAUACAAUGUUGGUAUAGUUUAGAACUAUCUGGUGUCUAUUAAGGUACUGUGUCUACUGUGGUAGACUCAUUCAGUAAAUGUAAGAAUCAUCUUAUCUAUGGAUCUUAAUUGCUCAUAA